AUGAAUUUAAAACGACAUCGCAAUAAUCAAUAUACCAUUAUAAAUAACUAUCGUUUUGUUAAAAGCUCACAAUCAGCAAAUACAUAUUACUUAAAAUGUGCAAAUUUUCGCAAAUCCUGUCGAGCUCGUGCCAUUAUACGCAAGGACACAAUGCAAGUCCAAUUGAAAGAUGGCAAUCACACUUGCCAGAGCUACCAACUAUCUAAAGGUAUUACAUUUCCCGCUCGUUAUAUUAUAUCCAGGCGUGGUACACAACUGGUGCUGUUUAGACACAAUACAUACACACCAAAUUCAAAAAUAAAACCUGACUCCCUGAAACGUGAUUGGAAGUGUUCCAUGUAUCACAAGGCCAAGUGUAAGGCACGCUUGGUAACCAAAUUUACAUCCGCUGGUGAUAUUAUACACGUAACUUGUGCCAUGCACUCUCACCCCCCCAUGUAUCCUCCAACGCUUUUAAAACCUCCGCAAUAAACU